AUAACUCAGUCUACAACAAAAGAACAAAAUCCAUAUUUGCUUGAGCAUUAAUACUUUUCAGAUUAAUGAUUUAAAACAUUUCAUUUGACAGUUUAAAGCCUUUGGAAAAUGGCUCCAGGAAUUUCAAGUUAUCAUUUUAGUGAAAAUCCUCUUUCAAUUUCCUUCUCUGGAUCUGGAUUCAUGGCUACCUACCAGUUAGGGGUCGCCGAAUGCUUCCUAAAUAAUGCACCGUGGAUACUGCGCACGGCGCCUUGUGUCCUGGGUGCCUCUGCUGGGUCUCUGGUGGCAGCUGCUGUAGUCUGUGAAAUGAGCAUGAUAACUAUUCGGGAUGAGAUGCUGCAUUUUGCCGAACAAAUGCAGUCUUUUACACUUGGGCCAUUUAACCCUUCAAUUAAUGUUUCCCACUGGUUGGAGAGUAUUUUACACAAGCAUCUUCCUUCUGAUGCCCACCAAAUGGCCAACGGGCGCCUCUCUGUGUCUAUGACACGCCUGUCUGAUGGCAAGCACAUUCUCACGUCUGAUUUCCAGUCCAAAGAAGAUGUAGUGCAGGCUUUGCUAUGCAGCUGCUUCGUGCCUGUUUACUGCGGUAUGCUGCCUCCAUCCUUCAGAGGAGUAUAUUAUUUGGACGGGGGCUUCAGUGAAAUGCAACCAGUGCUGGAGGCACCCCACAGUGAGACCUUGACUGUGUGUCCAUUCUCCGGAGAGAUAGACAUCUGUCCCACCGACACACCUUGCAGUUGGGACAUGGUGGUGAGUGGCAGCACCUUGAAGAUCAACACGGCUAACGGUUCCAGGAUCGUGAAUGCUCUCUACCCCAUGGCUCUAAAGACUCUGGAACAGGCCUACCACAGCGGCUACAAGGAUGCUAUUAAUUUCCUUCAAAGCCAUAAUCAUGGCCGAUAUUUGAUGAUCCACAAAUUAUCUCAAGGAAUACUUGACUGUAACCAAACAAAAACGUGCAUGAAUCUGGAGACAGAUACAGAGGAAGAGAAGGAGAUACAAGUGGAAAAGCAGACUGCUACACUGACAUCUUUUACAACCAAGCGACCCAAGCAGAAAGUCAGCUCUACUGAACAUGAACUAACUGGAGAGAAUAAAGAGCCUUCUCUCCAUGUUGACAUGAAAAAGAAAGUUCUGCUUCGCAACGUAGUGACCUAUCACAACAAAUUUGGACUCCCUGCAAAAAUCUUCUCCAACCUGAUCCUCCCUCUGAUGCUGUUGUUUCACACACUACUUGAGAGUAGACACAGGCUUGAGUUUUGGUUCUGGGCUUGGCAUGGCCUGAGGCACUUUACUAUAUUCUCUUUCAACAUAUGCAUUGGCACCCUCAAGAAGAACAUAAAGGACCGACUUGACCCCCCCAUCCUGCUGUUGCAGUGGCUGAUAGCACUUCCAUACGAGGCUCCCAAAAAGCAGAGGCCCGCUGCACCUCGAUGGAAGUUUCUCUCUUCUGCCCAUGGAGAAAAUGUUGGCGUGGGAGACGAAAAAGAUGGUUCAUCCCAGAAACAUAAACAAGACAUCAAAAUGAAGGUUCAUCCCAGAAACAUAAACAAGACAUCAAAAUGACGGUUGAUGUAAUUUAAACACUGUAUUAUUUUUAACUCUGGUCAUGUGCAUUUAUUUUGAAAGGUAAGCCCUUUAGAUUUCCAAUGAAGAGAGAAACAAAGUAUUGAGUUUUGCAUUAAUUCAAAAGGGCUUUAUAGCUUGAUGAUAUGUUUCUAAUAUUGUUGUACUUUCUAAACCACAUGCAGACCUCCACUAAGGCAUUGUUGUAGUAAUAAUCUAGUCAGCCAUGUACUGGAUUUGGGGUAUCAAAAUACCAAGCGAAACUACACAGAAUACUUGCCCUCAAUAAUUAAUUGAGGGCACAGUCACGCCAUCAGGAAAUGGGAGCGUGAUCUGAUUUGUCACUGGGUUAUCACCGUGUCUUAACAUCAAUUGACACAACAUUGUGGAGUGGGUUAAAUGUCAGUAACUGGGUUUAUGUUAUGCUGUACACCAAUUUAAUUCUUAUCUUCUAAAUAUUCCUAUGUUAUACCUAUUGAAAAUAAUUAUCAACAUUGGUUAAUCUCUGAAAUAAAAAUGCGUACAUAAUAUUUAUGUGUUUUAAGCCUACAGGGAUUUCUGAUACCAAAACAAAAAAGUUCACUGCUAUUGGAACAAUGGUUAGUGGUUCAUCAGCUGAUUUAUGUAAAACAGUAUUCACUUGUACUCAUUUAUGAGUAAUAUAGCGUCCAAGUGCAACGUCCCAAACUAAACCAUUUGCUGCUAGAAAGAAUUUAGCUCCAAGGCACUUGUAUCAAGUGUUACUAAUUUAAAUUCCCUUGAGAGGCGACAAACAGUCCUGUGAUGUGAUGUUUGAACACUGCCCUCUUUCACUACUCGCCCCUUUUGAGCGUAAAUAUAUUAUACCUUAUAACUGCUGUUCAUUGAUAUGAUGUUAGGCAUCAGCGGCCUCUAGCAUCUCCUCAUUGAUUUUUUAAAAGUUGUUGCAGGAAAAUGCUAUAAUUCUGACAAAUGCCGCCAAUCUCAGGCGCCAGUAUGUGCUCCGUUGUAACCAACAUCAAACUGCUUUUGGAAUCAUGUAGACUGCAAUUAA